AGUCAACCCUUGUUCAGUGUAAAUAGAAAAAUAAGCUUUUCGUGAAUCGUGAUUCUUCGGUUGCUUCUGUUUCUGUUUUCCUUGAUCAGUCACCAUGGUUUCGAGGUCUCAUGGAACAUCAUCUGAACCAGGAGAUGAAAACACCAACACCUCUUUUCAUGAGAUGAAGAUUGAAGAAACAGGAGACGAAUUCUUCCAUCGCAACAUUGGGCGAUAUCGUCAUCGAAAAGACACCAAGGAUACUUCAAAAUUGGGAUGGGCUUUUGUUCUCACAAACCUCCUGCUAGAGAUCCUGGUGCUGGCUUUUGACCAAAUGGCCUCGCCGCAUCAUCCUCAAUAUGGUUUGAUCGUUUGGGGAUUGUCUUCGGCAGUCAUGUUUAUUAGCAUCGCUGAGCUCAUUUACAAAGGAAUGAUCAAGGAAAAGCUUAGCGUAUUGCAAUGCUUGAAAUCUCUGCUUCCUUUUUCUUCUUCUGGCGGUAAGAAACCAUAUAGCUUCGUGGAUGGUUUGAUCCUACUUGGUGCCAAGGUUCAAAUGGUUUUGGCAAGCAUUGCAUAUGCUUAUUUGCGUCAAGGUAAAGAGAAUCCAAUCAAAAUUUCUCUUGUAUCGCUUGUUUUCAUGGUAUGUUAUGCUUUUUCUAAAUUACAUAAGGAUGGGAAUGAAGCAAACCUUCUUCCAGUUAGACAGGAGAAUUGAAGAUGGUUUGGCAAUUGCAUAAACUAUGAGCAUCAUUCUUGCUCAUUUCAUGUUAAUCUUUAGUUUCUAUAUCUACAGUUCCUACUGUACCAAAGAUAAAUUCUAUUGUUGUCGUUAAAAAACUUCAUGAUUAUGCAUCUCAAGUUAUUUUGUGUUAAUUUGUACUACUGGGCUUGAAAGCCCAAGACUACUCAAAACACACCAAUGGAAACUCCCUCCACUUGCAAGUUUCUCUACUCGACCACUCCUUUACCGUAGCUAGGUGCAGGGAAGACGGCAAUCCCCUGUUCUGAUUCUAUAAUGUAGGCUGUCAUAUUUUUGUUCAGUAAAUUUUGAAGUUUUUAUUACUAAAUUAUCUAUAAAUCCUUUCUUUCUUUUUUCUUUUUUUUUUAAUAAAAAUAAGUUUUAAAAAAAAUUAAAGACAAACAAAACGGAAGUAAGCUGUCCCCAAGUCAUCAUGCAGCAGCAACGCGUCAAGUUCCCUGGUGGUGUGGAAAUAAUCUGACUUCUUUUAAAAUCAAUUAUUUAUGAAAAUUUAAUUCAAAAAUUUUCUUAAAUAAUAAUUAUUUUUUAUUAUUAUUUUUCUUAAUUACAAGUUAAUAAUAUAUACCAAAAUUUAAUAUAAAUAUCAAUACCAUUUUAUUUAAAUUAUAUAAAAAAAAAAAACUGACAGGAAUUUAAAAGACGUUUUCCUACUGGCCAAAAAUGGCCUCCUUUCAUUAAUUUGUCAGUGAAACUCCCACUUCACCUGGCCACUCACUCUCCAACUAAACAAUGUCAACAAUGGAGUCUCUCAUCCUCCAGCUCCACGAGGUCUCCGCCGUUAAAUUCGGCAGCUUCAAGCUUAAAUCCGGCAUCUCCUCCCCAAUAUACAUCGACCUGCGCCUCAUCAUCUCCUACCCAUCCCUCCUCCGCCGCAUCUCCCAAACCCUAAUCUCCUUCGUCUCUCCCUCCACCCCCUUCGACCUUAUCUGCGGCGUCCCUUACACCGCCCUUCCUAUCGCCACCUGCGUCUCCCUCUCUAAUAACGUCCCUAUGGUCAUGCGCCGCAAGGAGGUUAAAGACUAUGGCACCGCUAAGGCUAUUGAAGGCGUUUUCCAGAGCGGCCAAACUUGCCUUAUUGUCGAGGAUCUCGUCACCAGCGGCACCUCCGUUCUCGAGACCGCCACUCCUUUGCGUGCUGCGGGAUUGAACGUCACUGAUGCUGUCGUUUUGAUAGAUAGGGAACAAGGUGGGAAAGAGAAUUUGGAGGUGAAUGGGAUUAAAUUGCACGCCAUUAUUAAGUUGAGUGAGAUGGUUAGGGUCUUGAGGGAGAAAGGGAAGUUGGAUGAGGAAAUGGAAAGAAUCGUGAUGAAGUUUCUGGAGGAGAAUAGGAAGGUGGCAGCUCCAGCCAUGGAGAAAAUUAGGAUUAAAGCUUUGAAAUUUGAAGACAGAGCAAAGUUGGCGAAGAAUCCAACGGGGAAGAGACUGUUUGAAUUGAUGGUCAAGAAGGAGAGUAAUUUGUGUUUGGCUGCUGAUGUUGGGACUGCUGCUGAGUUGCUCGCCCUUGCUGAAAAGGUUGGACCAGAGAUUUGCAUGUUGAAAACCCAUGUUGACAUAUUGCCUGAUUUCACCCCUGAUUUUGGUUCAAAGCUUCGCUCGAUUGCAGAUAAAUAUAAUUUCGUAAUUUUUGAAGAUCGCAAGUUUGCAGACAUUGGCAACACUGUGACAAUGCAGUAUGAAGGGGGCAUCUUCCAUAUUCUGGAUUGGGCUGAUAUUGUUAAUGCUCACAUUAUUUCUGGUCCUGGAAUUGUGGAUGGAUUGAAAUUGAAGGGUCUGCCUCGCGGUAGGGGCCUAUUGUUGCUUGCAGAAAUGAGUUCAGCUGGUAACUUUGCCACAGGAGAUUACACAGCUGCAGCAGUAAAAAUUGCUGAAGAACAUUCAGAUUUUGUCAUUGGCUUCAUCUCAGUUAAUCCAGCAUCAUGGCCAGGGGCACCAAUAAAUCCAGCAUUUAUUCAAGCAACCCCAGGUGUUCAAAAGGUGACUGGGGGAGACGCCCUUGGCCAGCAAUAUAACACCCCAUAUUCUGUGAUCUAUGAUAGGGGUAGUGACAUCAUCAUUGUGGGCCGUGGGAUUAUAAAGGCAGCAGAUCCUGCAGAGGCAGCCCGUGAAUAUCGACUUCAAGGAUGGGAUGCAUACCUAGCUAAAUGCACUUGAUGCUGCAAUUGGGUCUGCCUCCCUCAGUUUUUUAAUGCUCACAAUGGCUUUUGUUUGUUAAAAAGAUGAGCCAAGUUUUGUUUAAUUUUCAACUGCAUGAUCUUGGUAUACCAUACAAACUUGAUAAAAGCUUUUGAGCAUCCCAUGUAACUGCUCUCUUUAGGCUUUGUUAUAUAUAAAUGAGGCGGAGUGCAAAGCUGUUUGUAGAUAUUUUGAAGUCUUCUCGAAUGAAAGCUUUCUAACUUCCUAUUGAA